UACAGCAUUUUUGGUUUGUGUUAGCAACGUACAAAAAAAGAUUAAUUCUUUGUUUAUGUCUGCUGGCUUGAAGUCAGUCUUGUUCCUUCAACCCGUGUGAUAUUGUAGUGUGACAAGAGUCAGAUAGUUUGUUUAGUCAAGAAUUUUACAUUUGACAAGCCGUAGAAAAAAAACAAGCUGCAGCCAUGGACCCCGGUUACAAAAUGAUAUGUUGUUUACCCGUGAAGUUACCAGAAAUUCAAUUCACCACGGACGAGAAACGUUUGAUUCGCACGUCUUGGGCGGAGCUGUCGGGAAAUUAUGAGACGAUAUCCAAGGAAGUGUUUUUAGACAUUUACAAAACCUACCCCGAGAUUGGAAAGCCGUUCAAGCUGACGCGAGGAGAACUGGACGAUGACGCAAACCACGCGUUCAAAUACCAUGCACGGCACCAGUUCAAGUUUUUAGAUGAGAUUGUUUCAGUGAUUGAUAACGGGCAUAAAAUCAAAGCAUUGGCCGCUGACCUGGGGUGGAAGCACUACUUAAAGCAUGUCAAACCGGAGUAUGUGAGUUAUGUCAAACCACGUGUUUUAUCCGCCUUCUCCACGAACCUAACUGAUUGGAGCCCGGAACACGAAGAGGCGUGGGACAAACUUCUUGAAUACAUUCUUUUAAAAAUUAAAAUCGCGAUUGUCUUGGAGGAGAGGGGACAGGGUAAAUUAAAUGCAAAUGAUAAAAGAGGAAAGAAACGUUAACGUCAAAUUUACCUUGGUCGACGUCGUGCUUUGUUUCAAAGUAUAUCAAGUGCUCGUCUUUGCCAACAAUUUAGUUACGUUGAAAGAUUUGACCAUAUGUAGCAUGAAUUAUUAACACACACACUGACGAAUGAAAUGAAUAUGUGCCUUGCAUCAAGCAGGAUGCGAUUUUUUGUUGUUUUAGUUUUCUUUUUGUAGGCAAAGUUCCAUGUCUAAAAUUUGGACUGAAACCGGCAGGAUAAUUGAGCACAAAGCUGUAACUAUUGUGACACUCAUUGUCUACAAAACAUACACAAACGUGCACAUGAUUUUUAUCCUUGUUGUUUGUGGUGGUUACAUUACGUUUUACUGGUAGUGGACUGAAUAGAGAAUGAAAUACAUUUGUGGUCGGUAGCUAAUAGAUUU